UCUUCUGCUCUAACUACCUGAGCUUGCAUUGCUUGGUUUCAUUGUUUUGGGUAGCUUAAUUGUUUGUUUCGUACAGACAUGGGUAGCUUUCAGUGUUUUCUUGCAAUCCUAGGCCUAGUGCUCUUGCCUGUACUAUGCAUCUCUCAAGAUACAUUUACACGGUCCAGAGCAACAUAUUACGGUAGCCCCAAUUGCUAUGGAAACCCAACUGGAGCAUGUGGCUAUGGAGAAUAUGGAAGGACUGUAAACGAUGGUCAAGUAUCUGCAGUUGCCAGGCUAUGGAGAAACGGUACUGGCUGCGGUGGAUGUUAUCAGGUUAGGUGCAUAUACCCUCCACAUUGCAGUAAUGAUGGGGUGAAUGUGGUGGUGACCGACUAUGGUGAAGGAGACAGAACUGACUUCAUCUUCACCCCUAAAGCCUAUACAAAGUUGGCAAACAGCCCAGCUUCAACUGAGAUUUUAUUUGCUUAUGGUGUGGUUGAUAUAGAAUUCAGAAGGAUCCCUUGCCAGUACUCUACUCCGAACCUGGUUUUCAAGGUCCAUGAACAUAGCAAAUUUCCGUUAUACUUGGCUAUAGUCAUUCAGUAUGUAGCUGGCCAGAAUGAUAUCAUUGCCGUCGAAGUGUGGCAGGAGGAUUGCAAAGCAUGGGUUGGCUUGCGUAAAGUAUAUGGGGCAGUAUGGGACACUCAAAACCCACCUUGUGGUUCCAUUGACCUGAGGUUCCAAGUGAGUGGCAGCGCAGGGCUACAAUGGGUGCAGGCACCCAAAGCCAUCCCCAUUGAUUGGAAGGCCGGGGCUGCCUAUACAUCAGCCAUUCAGCUCACUUAAUUAGUUUAUAAGUAGCUGCUGCUAUAUAUAUUUAGUACUCCAUCUCUAUGUGGCUGCGUCACUGAUCAAGAUGAACCUUUAUCCAUGCCACUUCGGUCGAUCAGCACUUCAAAUAGGAUAAAAACUAAGUUUCCUAAAUCAGAUUCCCUAUAAGGUAAUUGCUUUUUAUUAUUGUGAUGUAUGCUGAGUAUUAGGUGCAAGUACACUUGCCUUGCCAAGUAGUGGGAUUAUGUACUUUGUAUUGGUGAACAUCU